AUGUUGCGCACAUCGUUAGGGUCUGCUUCAGGCCCUGGUCGCUCUCGUGCAUGCGCAUCUUGCCUCAUAGCUUCGCGAAAACAUGUGAGAAACCGGCGAUACUAUGCAACACCGGCCAAGGACGAUGAAAAUAAUACCAAGGAAGAUUUAUCUGGUAUUUCUGAUAUUUUAAAAAUUAACAGGGUUCUGUCAAAGGUGAAGAAGAAGUUGAGUUCUUCGUCAACGCCCAGCGGAGAUUCCACUGCUGAUGCGGAUGCAUCGAAGAAACCGCCAACCAAACCACCAACCUCGGACAUUAUCAGUUUCGUCACAGGUCACUCAAGGACAACCCCCGGCGAUCGUUCCGCUCCUGAUGCGGAUGGGAAGAUACUACCAACCUCAGACAAGAUUAGUCUCCAGAGAGUCUACACAAGAGACAUAUUCAAAGCGACGAAUCCUACAAACCCCGAAGAACAGCAGAAGAAGCCAAAGAAUGCAGGGCGCCAAAGGGUCAAAAGGAGGAAGAUAUCAAAGAAAGUGGAGGAAGGAAAACAAGCGGGAGGCCAGGAAGGCAAGACUAAUUCAUCGAAGAGUAUAGAGGAAGGAAAACAGGAAGGUGAAACAGGAGAGGAUAAACCAGCAACGAAGAAACCAACAAAGAAACCGAAAAAGCCAAACGAAACAAAAUCACGGAUCAAAAGAGUACCAGUAGCACCGGCCGUGCCAUCAACAACACGGAGAGUGGCAACAACACCACGUGCAAAGCCUCCGACAUUGACAGCGCGGCAGGCUGGAAAAAGGUCAUCGAGAGGUAACCUGGUGAGGAAGCCCAUUGGGCCACCGAAGCCUUUGAAUAUUGAGGUUGAAAGCACCAUUGUCGACGGUUUGAAGAAGGAGGACAUCGACUUCAAAGCCCUUGACUACGAUACACCACCAGUACCUACUCUGUCGUUUGGCCUGGACAGAGUGCUGUUCAAUCCUGGUGUAUAUCACCUUCGAGAUCCCAGGUCCCGAGUCUACAACUUUGACCCUGAUCUAGGGACUAUUAUGCCUGUCACCGAGUUCGAUUUCAAGACCCUGAAGGAGUAUAUAACGUCGUCCAAAGAUGAGACACUUAUUGCACUCGCCCGAAAGGCAGGUAAAAAAUAUGUUGGCUCAUCAUCGAGCAUGACCGGGGUGCUGUCACAUUUCCAUUACUUGCUGUCGAAUUGGCGACCACUUAGGCAAGAUAUAAUUUCAAGGGGGUUUGAGGAUAGCGACCGUCAAUUUACAAGGCUUUUGAGAGGCCCUUCUGCGAUGUUUCUACAUUACAAGGACGGUGUUUAUGCAAUUGAUGCGGACAAGGAGUUUGACUCGGCCAACAUCCUCAUGAAUCUCGGUAAAUCAAUGGAGAAACAACUCACAAUGCCGAAGGAGCAGUUCGAGAGAUAUCGCCGAUCUUCUCCAAAUAAAAUCACACAAGAGGAGGAGAAUGCAAUUCCCGAAUCCUACCAUUACUCGACUCUGGGUGACUUUGUUAUGCGAUCACAAUUGGAUGCCUACGAUCCGCGACUUCCAGGAAGCGGCAUGUUUGAUCUCAAGACUCGUGCUGUGGUUUCAAUUCGUAUGAGUGUGCAAGACUAUGAGCAAGGGCUAGGUUACGAAAUCCGCAACCGAUUCGGGGCCUUUGAGUCGUUUGAGCGAGAGUACUACGACAUGAUCCGAGCCGCGUUUCUCAAAUACUCUCUCCAGGUCCGCAUAGGCCGCAUGGAUGGUAUUUUUGUUGCAUUCCACAACAUUGAACGUAUCUUCGGGUUUCAGUAUGUACCUCUUUCGGAGAUGGACUAUGCACUGCACGGGCAGUCAGAUACAGCGUUGGGUGAUUUAGAGUUUCAGUACAGUGUCAAGCUGUGGAACAAGAUUCUGGAUAAGGCUACGGCCAAGUUUCCGAAGCAGUCUCUUCGUCUUCAUUUUGAGACUAUGGAGAGUCGGCCGGCGAGAAUGAUGGUAUUCGCGCAGCCAGUGACAGAUGAUGAGAUCCGCGCGAUACAGGAGAAGAACAAGGAGCAGAUUGAGAAAGCUCAGCAGCAGAUGCUCUACCCGGAUACUGUGACUCCGGAGGAAGAACUUGAUCUUGAUGAUGCUGUCGAGUCUGAGACUGUUGAAGCUACAAUCAAGCCUGAGAGUGCUGCCACUACGACUGGAAUAAUCCAAAGUCAACCCGUGCACGAAACCGAGACCAAAUCAAGCACAGUCUCCACACCAGAAGUCACAUCACCUAACCAUGACCUGCUCAAUGCCGUCACCAAAUAUAUCAACAACCACCGCACCAUCAUCGAAGACAGCAUGGACUACAUCGACGAUAUUAUCGUCACCGUCACCGCCCUCAAAGACCCUUACACACCCCUCGACCCAAUCGACGCCCUCACCCUAAAACUCGAAAUAGCCCGCAAAGCCACGAAAUCCGUCAAAUCAAAAAUCAACCACAUCGUCUCCGAGCGCGAAGCAGUCUCUCAACUCCCCAAGCUGUUCGGAAUGGAAAUCAGCAUUGAGAACAUGGUCCGCAACCGCGUCGCCGAUCGCCCGACCAACUUCAACAAGAACAUCGACUGGAAGGUAGUCUACACAAUCAACGAAUUCAAGACGGGCAGCAAUGCGCUGUGGACCCAGUUCCUGCACAUGAAGAACCGGCGCGAAAAGGCGUUGUCAUUCGAGAAGAAGAAGAAUUCGGAUGAUUUCUUUAUCCUAAAUUUGAGGCGCUUGGCGAAACAAGGCAAAAAGUUUAGGGAGGAGCAGGAUCGGAUUGAUGCGGAGAAAGGGAUUGUGGUUUAUGAGGAGUUGAAUGGGGCUACUGGCUCUGGCGCUUCCAGCAGUUCUGGCAAUGAGUCCUCUGGGUCGGUGUGA